AUGGAAGUUCAUUACAAAGUUCCUUUGUUUUGGACAUGUUUCACAUUUACUACAUUUGGUUUCACAUGUGGUUUCGUCUCAAUGGUUAUGCCUUACUGGUAUGCCAGAUAUCCUCAGUCUCAAAAUCGCUUUGUAAGACUGGGGCUAUGGGAGGUGUGUUUCGAAGGCUAUAUGGCGAAGAAAACUGGAAACUACAUGUAUUUCGGAUGUUUCUAUUUAUUUGACACGAAAAUUUUGACACUGUGGCCGAUCAUAUUUAGAGAUUGGUUUAUUGCUUGUCAAGCAUUUUUUACAUGCAGUUUUGCAACCCAUGUAUUGGCAGAAUGUGUUAUUCUGACUCAAGUUCUCGGCUUGGUUUCGAUUUUCGGGUCACGUGCAGUCUUGUGUAUAAUGGUGACUCUAUCAGUUAACUGUUUUUCAACUUUAGUUAGUUUGGUCACAAUGGGUGUAGGAGUAGACACUGAACGGAAAAUUGAAAGGGCUGCAAAACAUCCUUGGUUAGAAGAUCUUGAUCAGAACUCAUUAUCUUGGUCAUAUGGUAUAGCUGCAAUAUCCUUAAUACCAAGCUGCAUUACAGUUAUAAUUUUAGGAUGGUUUGUUUACCCUAAAAAAUCUCCAUGUGGGCUAUUAAUUAAUUCAGCAUGGAAUUGGCCAACAUUGAAUGAUUUGCAAUGUCGUUAUCAUAUGCAUGAUAUGCAUGUUCCGAAAAUCUCUUCAUCUUCAAAUCCUCAAUCAUCAUGUCAUAAUAUCACUACUAUGUCUGUUGAUUAUCCGCAUUCUUUGCGCUCUCGUACAUUGAUUCAAUCAAGCCAGAUUACUAGUGACCAGUUGUCCGAUGAAUUGAAUAAUAAAAUACUUUGUAAACCAACAUUAUUUCACAAGCCGGGUGCUCAGAUAGAAACAGUAUCAGUGAUAACGGCACAAGACCAAAAUUCUAUAUUGUCUGAUAAUUGUGGCAAACUGAGUAGUUAUGACCCACGUUCAGCGGACACAGUAUCACUUUUAUCCUACGAACAACCUCCAUUGAAUUUGUUAUAUAAUCCACAAACUAUAAACAUGAACCACCAGUUCAAUUCAAUAAUGUAUUCAAAAGAGAAUAAUUUUGUAAAAAAUGACUAUUGUUCUUCUAUUGACUGCAAAACAAAAUUAAUUCAAUCUAAUUUAUUGUCUACACUUCAUAAAUUCUCUGCGCCUUUUUUGAAAGAAUCUACAAGUGAACAACAACAACAACCACAAUGUAUUACAAAUUCUGAUUCUCAUUCACAUUUAAAAUCGAUUCAUUCAAAUAAAUCAUCGAAUCUCCAACAUCCUUCAUCUAGUAAUCUAGAUACUUCAAUAUGGACAGAAAAUUCUAUUAUUCAAGUUGCUCGUCCAAUGAAAAGAACUAAGCAAAAAAUGAAAACAGAUCAGUUUAUGAAGAAGCUUAUCCCAUCUGAAAAUUUAUUUAAAUUUUCAUCAUCAUUUCCCAACACUAAAAUUCAAAGUCAACCAAAUACAUUUGUUCAACAAGCUAAACCAAUGAAUCGAAAGUAUUAA